AGCGUCGCGACGCCCACCGUGCACGUUGCAACGUUCGUUUGUCCCGACCUGGCGUUCUUUCAGAGUGCACCAAUUUUUGCGGGAGUUCUGCCCUUCAAAUUUUCAAAAGAGAAAUCUUUUUCUUUUUCCUUUUUUCUCUCAACGAUCACAUCGCGUGAUUUAAGCUCACAUCUACAUUUUUGUGAGCAUCGAUCACCAGAAUAGACGUUGCGCUGCUUUUUUUUUUUUUGUAUUCCCACCAAAGUUAAAUUAUGGGACUAGAUGGGUGCUGAUGGACAUUUUCGAGUGACUUUGUCCCUGAGGAGGGAACCGGCUGCCGGUCCAGUUUACUGCAAAAUGGAGACCUCGGCGAGAUUUCGGCAGUUGAAGACCGUGAAGCUAAGCUGCGAAGCCACGUAUCGGUUGGACAUCAGUUUCAAACCUCCACAAAUAUUAGAGUCCCUGAGCAUAGGAGGGAAACAAGUAGAAACGAUCGAACGUGCACGGGACGGGACGGCCUGUGCUUACAGCGCUUAUCACAGCACAAAAGGCAUAACGGCAAGCGCUCGUGGCCAUCGUGAAGAAUUACCGAUAGCGAUGCGUGUCUUUGGCUCCGGCUACCUGACUACUUGCCUGCAGAUCAAAUACUACCGCCAAGACGACCAGAGCCACUGUGAAUGGGGCGCCAGGUUGCAUUGCAUCGAGCUGGACUGCUCAAGCGUGGAGGGCCGGUUGGUUACGGUAGACCGGGAAACAUAUAGGAAACUCGGCAUAGAAUCCUAGCAGUCGGUGGGUGUUAAUGUUAUGAAAGCCAUCACGUAACGAAAACGGCUGACGAUUGUUUCUUACUGCGCGUGAAACAUGAUUCUUGCCGAUUGUGAUUGGCUUGUUGUCGAUUGAUACGAAGUUAACCGCCGCUGGUUGACCAAUGGGAAGCCGGGACUCCGCGUGGCGGGUUUUUCUUUCGAUUUGAACGACACGGUUUGAAAUUUGAAUUGCGACGUGCACGUUGAGCUUUUAUCGUGGCUUCGACGUGCAUGAACAUUCUCGGCAAUUUCUAUGGAAAUAUUGACCAGUGUAAAAGAAAUGAAAAGUCGUUUUUCUAUGCGAUAUCGAUCAGGUUUUCCAACAAGGAAACUAUAACGAAAUACCUCCUAACGAGGAAAAAAAGCAUUGUAACGAUUCCUUUAAGUCCCUUAACGAUUUAUAGAUACAUAUGUAAUCGAACGGUGGAUCCGUUUCUUUAAUGUAAUUCAAAUGUAAUCUCAUCCUCCUAUUUUUCUAUAACGAGAAACGAAUUUGUAUAUACGUACAUAUGUAUAUCGGGAGCAUAAAUGUGUACAUGAUUGUCAUAAUGUAGGAAAUAGAACAUAACGUACCUUGUUUUAUAAUUUAAAUAAAAAACGGUGUAUUUUGAGAUUAUAUUUAUAUGUUAUAUAUUAAGGAACACAGUUCUUUUGACGAAUCAUUUUGUAAUAGAUUGGGAAAAUAUUUAUUUAAUAUACUUAAGAAAUACAAAUAUUAUCGACAGUCUAAAAAUGUUAUCGAAACGAAAUUUCGCAAUAUUUUUACGAAACCUUGCAAAUUAAAGUGGAUAAAUUUGAAGGCUCCCACAACUAUGCUCCCACAUUACAAGUAAUACAAAAUAUUACACAUGCAAAUAAUACAAAAUAUUGUUAAUGUAGAUAGUAUACAUA